UCGUGCUUAUUGUUAUCUGUCGUUUGUUUGUUUGUUUUUAAGCAAUAUUAGCUGUAUUCAGCUGGCGUGUUCACUUCUUAUUAUGCAUUCACUAUGCCUGGCAAAGAGUCCAAACGCAAGGCGGAUGCUGCUAAGCGCAGCAAUCGUCCAGCUCCGCCUAUUCGUAUCGGGAUUCCAAGGCACAGCAACGAUGAUGUUAAUUUUUCGGGAACUGGCUUUCGUCAUCGAGUUCGUCGUUGGCCGACCAGUGUGAUUUCUAACAAAGCUCACAAGUUGGUCCUUCCAGAUGAGAUUCCUGACAAGAAAUUCGUCCUACUUGUUGGGGACUCCCACUUGAGGUCCGUGGCAGAUGGCAUAGUCCCUAUGCCGGUUGGCGGCCUUGCUUUUGGUGUGAUGUCCACUCCAGGAGCUUGUGCAGAUCUUCUGCGCCUUGAGGUUUCACAGGCUGUGUUACCUCGGGAGCCUGAUGCUGUUUGCGUCAUGGCUCCUUCUAACAACCUUACGGCCAGCAGAACAGUUGAAGAGGCAGGGGAUGCAUUUGAGCGGUACCUUUUGGCUGUUCUCAGUCGCUGGCCUAAGGUUUUCUGUACCUCCAUGAUUCCCCGUUUAGUUGGAUCCUGGGAGCGUCAAGACCUGUUUCAGCAGGAGUACCACCGCAGAUCGGCUAAGCUAGGUGUAAGUUAUGUGCCGAUCCACGAUCACCUACCCAGGUACCGUCUUAAACUGUGGUGCCGUGAUGGUAUCCACCUCAGUGAUAAUCACGGGAUGCCUAUACUCACGCAACUGAUGUGGAAUGCCUCCUAUCAGUUCUUGGAGACACACGCACCAAAGCCACUGGUGCAGCACCAGGUGUCUCGUCCGCAGAAAGCGAGUAUUGUGCCCCGUGUGGUUGUGAAGGGUGUGGAACGCAUUCCACCUCCACGCCCUUCCGAAUGGACGUUUGUGAGACCUAGCGGGAAGAGGAACCAUUCAGGGGAAUUUGAAAAGACUUCUAAUCCCCCCAAGAAACGAGUGGUUGUUUCUAAGGCUGAUGACACUUCAGUGGCCUUGAAGGAGUGUUUCAUCCCCCUGAAUCCCGUUAGGUUCUCACCUUCAAUUCUGGCUGCCAUGGACACGAUUGCUCCAGCGGAUGGUCCCACAGACAUACAGACUACAUCUGUGCGACAUUUUAAGAAAGCAGCUAGGCGUGUCCAGCAGGAGGUUGCAUCCACACCUUGCAUAAAUCCUCUUGCAGACGUGGAGUCUGUUCGGUCUAGGAAGGAGGUGUUGGACUGUGACCAGCUGCCUUCACCCCACCACCAGGAGGCAUCUGGUUGUCCUGGGUCUGUCUCUGGGUCUGGUGCUGCCCAUGCUGUGAUGCUUCCUUCUGGCCAUCACGCGCAUGCAUCACCCAGAGGUCAGUCUGCUAACACCCCUUCUUGCGUGCGUUCACAGGUUUUGCUGUCGUCUCUAGUUCCAGAGACAACUGUUCAAAAUCCUGUUGUAAAUAAUUUUGAUAAAGAUAAAACAAUUUUACACAACGAUGAUACAAUUUUAGACUCUGUCCUAGGAUCAUUUCAUCAGGGCGAUGGGCGUUUUAAAUAUGGGGGAGUUCAGUGUGCAGCUAUUACUGUUGUUGCUUUAACAAAGCACAAACAGAAGAGUGUUUUCUCUUGGGAUUUUGCCGUGUUGGAUAACGUUGUUGAGUUAGGAGAUGAGCUGUACACAGAUUUGCGCGACAACAAGAAGAUUAGAGGUGGACAUGAGUUUCUCUCAGUUCCAGACUUGCCAAAGGAAAUUGACAUGGAAGAACAGAGUUUUAAGCUUGUUUACGGGGAUUUCGUUUUAGGAGAUGUAGAUGUAGCUGAAGGCGAGUUAAUAGAUGCUGGUGUGUACACUCCUCUCCUGGAUGGAUUGAAGAAGAUGUGCACACAGCAUGAAACUUGCAUUAUGACAUUAAGUGGCAAUACUUGUGCUAUCAUUUGUGAUAAUGGACGUUAUGCUGUAGUAGAUUCCCAUGCACGCUCCGCAGACGGCAUGGUAGACCCGACAGGACAGAGUGUAGUUCUGUACUUUGCGAACCUUGAUAAUGUUUUUCAACAUUUUCAGAGGUUUGCUAGUGAACUGGUGGGAUCUCAGAGGUUAUUUGAGAUCACUGGAGUGGAUAUUGUUCAGAUGGACACAUUUAAAAAUGUAUCUGAACAAACAGAUGACAUUGACAUAAACCCUGUUAUUUUUGUUAGUGAUGCUAGUACUAAAGAUUUUCAUUUCAGUCCCGUUUCUACAGACGUGUCACAGGCGUUGAGUAAAUGUCUGAAUGUGAAGUCUGCGAUGGUUGAAUCAUCUCCUGUUCCUUCAUGUAGCACAAGUGUGGUUAACGUUGAUGAUGACAACAGUAUUGUAAACAAUGAUACAAUUUUAAGCUCACUUACAGGAUCAUUUAAUCAGAGCGAUGGGCGUUUUAAAUAUGGCGGCGUUCAGUGUGCAGCAAUAAGUCUUGUUGCUUUAACUAAGCACAACAUACAAAGUGUUUUUUCAUGGGAUUUUGCCAUGUUAGACAAUGUUGUUGUUUUGGGCGAUGAGCUGUACACAUAUUUACGCGACAGUGAUCUAAUAAGUGCUGGGAAUGUGUUUCUUUCUGUCCCAGAAUUGCCAAAGGAAAUCGUUAUGGGCAAACAGACUUUUAAGUUGAAUUAUGGGGAUUUUGUUUGUGGAAAUGUAGAUAUCGUUGAAGGUGAACUUAUAAAUGCUGGAGUGUACACUAGUCUUUGGGAUGGUUUGAAUAAGAUGUGUACACAAUAUGAAACAUGUUUUUUUACACUUGGAGACAAUACUUGCGCUUUACUUAGUGAAGAUGGACAUUAUGCUAUUGUUGAUUCACAUGCUCGUUCUGCAGAUGGAAUGGUUGACCCAAACGGUAAAAGUGUAAUUCUAUACUUUAGUAGUCUUGACAAUGUUUUUAGAUAUAUUCAGAGGUUUGCCAGUAAAUUAAAUGGAACUCAGAAGUUGUUUGAGAUCAGUGGAGUUAACAUUGUUCAGAUGGACACAUUGAAAAAUGUUUCUGAACAAACAAGGUUGCCUCCAACAACAGGAAAGGAGGUUAGACGUGAAGAGUCAUUUCCACUCUCGGAACCAAAAAAGUUACAGACAGAUGACACCGACAUAAACCCUGUUGUUUUUGUUAGUGAUGUUAGCACUAAAGAUUUUCAUUUCAAUCCCAUUUCUAGGGACGUGUCUCAGGUGUUGAGUAAACGUCUGAAUGUGAAGUCGGCAAUGGUUGAUGAAUCAUCUCGUGUGAUUGGUGAAUUGGGUGUACCAUGCAUGAAUAAAUCAAUAGUGGCAGAUGGAAACUGUUUUUUUAGAGCACUUAGUCAAGCUGUUUCUAGCACCCAGGAAUAUCAUAGAAAAAUCCGUCUUGCUUUGGUCAAUCAGUUAAAAAAGAAUCCUCAAAUGUAUCAAACCAUUUUAAGAAGUGAGUAUUCCUCGGUUUCGCAGUACCUCACCUCAUCCAGGAUGCAGUACGUUGGCAGUUGGGCAACUGAAGUGGAAAUUCAAGCUGCUGCUGAUUAUUUUGGCAUUAACAUAUUUACUUACUGUAAUGAUAAAUGGCUUAAAUAUACAUCCAACAGCAUCUUUUCACAGCAGGCUGUUUAUUUGGAGAAUAGUAAUGGUAACCAUUAUGAGACAGUGGUUUGUGUAAAACAACCUAACACAGGAACUUGUUAUGGUUAUUGUGGCCCUGUAAAUAGUAUUUCUGGUAGAUACAAUACUCGACAUGCCCCUACAGAACAUUUAAAAUGUUCAGUAGAAACUGUCACACUUGAGCCGAGUUCCAUAGAUACAGAUGGUGUUAGUGUUGUUCAUUCAAAUACUUUAUUUACUCCUCUGUCUGCAGAUUUUUGUAAAACUCUGUGUAAUCGGUUGAAAAUAGAUUUUGAGAAACACAAUUCUCAAGAAUCCACAUCAGGUGGGCCUUUAGGAAAUGUGUGUAAGACAGAACAUAUUAUUGAAGAUGGUAACAGCUUUUUUAGAGCUGUAGCUCAUGUAAUUAGUGGGUCACAGAAGGGCCAUCGUAAGAUCAGACUCGCUGUUGUUUCUUAUAUGUCCAAAAAUGCUGAAGAGUGUGAGAAGUUUCUGGGAAAAGAACAUGCUUCUGUGUCAGAAUACAUAAAAAAGUCACAGAUGAAUUAUGUCGGUCACUGUGCUACAGAAGUAGAAUUUAGAACUACAGCCAGUGUUUUAGGAUUACCCAUAUUUAUCAACAAUGGCACAGAGUGGGUCAAAUAUAGUUCUCAAACUGGUAAUUUUGUCACUGAGGGACUAUAUUUGUCAAACUGUAAUAAUCAUUUUGAGCCCGUUCUUUGCAUAAGACUGGGUAAUAAAGAAACAUGUUUUGGGUUUUGUAAAGUUGAUUCUUUGUCAGACAACGUAAACAAAUGCAGAAGGUCAACUAUGAUGCAGUUAAAUGCUGACCCAAACAUGGAAAAGAUGAAAACGAGGAAGAGUUUUUCCAGAUAUUUAAAGCAAAAUAAGGCUUAUGCAGAAGCCUCUAAUUAUAAAAUGGUAAGUGCAGUUAAAGACAAAAUAAAAAGUCAGAAGAAAAAUGCAUACAAGCAAAAUGUUGCUUACAGAAUGAAAAAGAUCAGCACAACCAAAUUUAAAUACAAAUUUCUUCUUGCACAUAAAGAGAAAGUUAAACAUAAGGCCAAACAUAGGUCCAUUUUCAACUAUCAUCAUAACUUGGCUCAUCGAGAAAAGCUUAAACAGAUGAGUGUGUAUAAGUACCAUCAGAAUUUGGCUCAUCGAGAGAAGCUUAAACAGAUGAGUGUGUAUAAGUACCAUCAGAAUUUGGCUCAUCGAGAGAAGCUUAAACAGAUGAGUGUGUAUAAGUACCAUCAGAAUUUGGCUCAUCGAGAGAAGCUUAAACAGAUGAGUGUGUAUAAGUACCAUCAGAAUUUGGCUCAUCGAGAGAAGCUUAAACAGAUGAGUGUGUAUAAGUACCAUCAGAAUUUGGCUCAUCGAGAGAAGCUUAAACAGAUGAGUGUGUAUAAGUACCAUCAGAAUUUGGCUCAUCGAGAGAAGCUUAAACAGAUGAGUGUGUAUAAGUACCAUCAGAAUUUGGCUCAUCGAGAGAAGCUUAAACAGAUGAGUGUGUAUAAGUACCAUCAGAAUUUGGCUCAUCGUGACAAAAAGAAAAAAAUGAGUAAAAAGAAAUACCUUAAUAUUGAGCAUAAAACAUGUUUAAUAGAAAGUAUCCAGCAUAAAAGAAAGCUGAUUAAAGUAAAUUCACAAAACUUUAAUUUUGUUGUAGAUCAAUUUUUAGAGAAGGUGAAAGAUGGACCUGAUUUUGUGUGUUGUGUCUGCUCACGGUUGUUGUUUAGACAUCAGGUCUUAAAUUGUAAUCAAGAAUACUAUAGAAAAACCAAAGAAAUGUCACUUAUAGCAGAUAAAUGUAUAAGUGACAAUCAUCUACACAAAUGCAAUGAUGCCUGUAGAUUACCUUGCAAAUUGAAUGUAUGUAGAAAUAAAUUGUACAUCUGUUACACGUGUCAUUAUAAAAUUAGUAAAUGUCAGAUACCCCCAGAAAGUUCAAUCAACAAGCUGACUGUUGAUCCCAUCCCACCUCAACUGGCAUGUUUAAAUACAUUAGAGCAACAUUUAAUAGCGAUGAAUAUACCCUUUAUGAAAAUGUUGGCUCUGCCCAAAGGUGGUCAGAAUGGGAUUCAUGGUCCUGUCACUUGUGUACCUGCAAAUAUAGUGGAAACGUGCAGUUUGUUACCACGUACCAACAUGGAGGGGUCUUUAUUACCUGUAAAGUUAAAACGUAAAUUGACAUAUAAAGGACACUAUGAUUAUCAGUAUGUUGACACACAGCAUGUUCAGGAAGCUCUUCAGUAUUUAAAACGUCAUAAUUUGCAUUAUAAAGAUGUAGAGUUCAAUGAGUCUUGGAUUAACACAUUUACUCAGGAAGAUGAGUCGUCUGUCCUGCAAGAAGAUAGUGGUUCUGGUAAAGAUGAAGAUACUUGCAUAGAUGGAGAAGAUGAGUUAUUGCAUGACAGACAACAGCACUGUAUGUUUCAGGACACCUGUCUCAUGCCAGUAGAUAUAGGACAAGAAGCAUUGGAUCAGUAUGUGGAUAACAUAUUAAAUGUAGCUCCAGGUGAAGGUAACAAUCCAGUGAAAUUGCUUUCAGAUUUUACAAAUGAAGCAAAAAGUUUUCCCGUCUUGUUUCCUUCAGGAUCGAAUACUUACUAUGAAAGCAGACAAUUUCGUUUGACUCUGAAUCGGUAUUUCAACAACAGGCUUCUUCAUGUCGAUGGUCGAUUUGCUAACAAUGUAGAAUAUAUAUUUUUUGCACAGUACAUGUCUGAACUAGAGCAAGUUGUGUCCAAAGUUUCUAUAGCUUUGCGUAAAGGUAAAAGCGGUGAAUCUCAGAAGUUGGGUAAUUUGAUACAGGAUCAGGAUUCUUUAAAUAAGCUGUUAGAGUUUGAUGAUGGCUACCGGUUUCUUAAACCAAUUCGCGGCACACCUGCUUUUUGGCAAUCUGCUCAGCGAGACCUCCUGGCUUGUGUAAAAAUGUUGGGCAAACCUACUUGGUUCGCAUCAUUUUCGUCGGCAGAUUUGAGGUGGACUAACCUUCUUUAUAGUAUUUUGAAACAGGAAGGCAGAACAGAGACAGUGGAACAGCUGGAGUGGGCUGAUAAAUGUGAGCUCCUACGUAGGAAUCCAGUAACUGCUGCCCGAAUGUUUGAUUUUAGAUGGCAUGUCUUCUUAAGGGAAGUGCUAAUGUCUCCUGCCAAUCCCAUUGGUAAAAUAGAAGAUUAUUAUUAUCGUGUUGAGUUCCAGCAGCGUGGUUCUCCUCACUGUCAUUGCCUUUUCUGGGUUUCUGGUGCUCCCAUUUUAGAUAAGAACACAGAUGAGGAGGUCAUUGCAUUUGUUGAUGAAUAUGUCACAUGUGAACUUCCUUCUGAAGACGAUUCACUACAUGAAGUCGUCUCAUCUGUCCAGCAGCACUCCAAACGGCAUUCAAAGACUUGUAGAAAGAAAAAAACUGUUUGUCGUUUUAAUUUUCCACGGCCUGCAUCUGUUAGAACUUUUAUUAGUCGUGGUGAAAAGUAUCAAGAUGCAGUGAAGACUUGCAAGUGUGAUAAAACAGAUAGCACUGUACAGUGUGCCUGUGCGUCUCAAGAUAAAGCUCGUAAACAAGAAAUGGACAAAGAAGUAGCAAGUGCCAUUUUAACUAAAGUAAAGACUGCUAUUUCUAGUGAAGACUGUCCAUAUAACAGUGUAGAAGGUCUGUUUCAGGGCCUGGGUAUCAGUCAGGAACUAUUUGAGAUGGCAUAUAAACGAUUUUGUCGAAAUACACAUGUUGUUUUGAAAAGGGAAGUUAAUGAAAUCUGGAUUAAUCAGUAUAGCAAGUUGCUGUUAAAAGCUUGGAAUGCUAAUCUUGAUAUCCAGUAUUGCGUCGAUGCUUAUGCAUGCUGUGUAUACAUAAUAUCUUACAUGUCUAAAAGUGAACGGGAAAUUGGCCUUCUGCUUGCUAAUUCUCAAAGAGAAGCAGCCAAAGAUGGUAAUCUUAGUGCUAAAGAGGCCUUGAAGACUCUUGGUAAUGUUUAUCUUCAUAAUCGAGAUGUUUGUGCGCAGGAAGCAGUCUACAGGCUAACUAACAUGCAUCUAAAGGAGUGUUCUAGGAAAGUUGUGUUUGUUCCCACUGGUGAUAAUAUAGUGAAAAUGAGUUUGCCUAUUUCUGUUUUGAGGCAAAAAGCAGCAUCACAGGAUCUUACUUCAGAUGACAUGUGGAUGACCGGAUUAGUUGAACGUUAUAAGAAGAGGCCAAAUGAUGAUGUGUUCAAUGAUAUGUGCCUGGCUACGUUUGCAUCAGAAUAUCGUGUUUUGAGUAAAAACGAAAAAUGUAGAAACCCUAUAAAGUUAAGUAAUGAUUUAGGAUUUGUUACAAAAAGAACUCGGACUAAACCAGCGGUUGUUCGUUACGCGCGUUUCUCUGAAACCAAAGACUCGGAGAAAUUUUUUCAAAGCAUGUUGCAGUUGUUUUUACCGUACCGCCAUGAUAGUCAACUUAAGCUUAACUGUGAAACUUUUGAGGAAUUUUACAGAACUGGUUUAAUUAGAUUUUUUGAUAGAACAAACCACUCGGUAAAGGCUGUUGUAGAUUUAAAUCGGAGUAAAUUUGAGUUAGAAUCUGAUCAUUUGGAUGCUGUGAAUAAUAUAGUCGGUGAUGUAAUGUUAGAAGAUGCAUGGUGUGAGUUGUGUCCGGCAGUUGAAAUGGAACGUUUAGAGUGUGUUGAAAUACUGAAAGAAUCAGAACCGACAGUAAGUGACGAGGCAGAAGUAAUCCCAGAUUUGGCUCCAUGUUCAAACCAAACUGCACAUUUAGAGAAGAGAAACACGAUGAGUAGAGGUGAAGGUCUGGCAUUGAUUAGGUCUUUAAAUGAAAAACAGUUUUCUGUUUUUAAUCAAAUCAGGCAGUGGUGUGUAGAUAAAGUUAAUGGUAAUAACCCUGAACCACUGCAUGUUUUUGUUACAGGUGGGGCAGGCGUUGGGAAAAGUCAUUUAAUUCGAGCAAUCGAGUAUGAAACACAGAGAUUACUGUCACCAAGCUGUAGACAUCCUGAUAAUGCAUGUGUAGUAUUGACAGCUCCUACUGGGAUUGCAGCAUAUAAUUUAGGUGCAACAACAAUCCACACUACACUGUCUAUAGGAAAGGAUGUGCGCUUACCGUACACUCCUCUGGGUGAAGAAAAACUAAAUUCUUUACGUACAAAAUAUUGUGAUUUGCAGCUUCUUAUUAUUGAUGAAAUAUCAAUGGUCGAUCAUAACCUGUUGUCCUAUGUUCAUGGUAGAUUACGUCAGAUUAAACAAACGGGUGACUUUUCACCUUUUGGAAAUGUCAGUGUAGUGGCUGUUGGAGAUUUCUUCCAGCUACCUCCUGUUAAAGGGAAGCCACUCUAUUCUGAUGGUGUAGGUAGCAACUUAUGGUCAAGCCUAUUUAAAGUUGUACAGUUAACUGAAGUCGUUAGACAGAAAGAUGCUGUGUUUUCUGGACUGCUAAAUAGAAUCAGAACUCAUACAAAAGGUACACCAUUGUUACCUGAGGAUUUAAAGGUUUUAAAAACUUGUGAAACAGGUGAGGCAAGCUCAGCAUUGCACAUAUUUGCAACAAAUAAUCAAGUAAAUAAUCACAACAUCCAUCAGUUAUGUCACGUUUGUCCUGAUUACAUAUCAAUUACAGCCAAAGAUUAUGUUAAUGAUAAAAGAACAGGCAAACUGAAGUUGUUGGAAGGGAAUCAUGCCAGAGCUUCUAAUACUAACUUGUCAGAAGUGUUACAGUUGGGUAAGGGUGCGCGUGUAAUGUUGUGUAAAAAUGUGGAUGUCAUUGACUGUUUAGUAAACGGAAUUUGUGGUACGUUGACGGAAAUUGUAAUUUUAGAAAAUGACACCUUUCCUAAGAAAGUUUAUGUUCAGUUUGAUGACCAUCGUGUCGGCUUGCAGAGGAGGAAAACCUCCCAGUCUCUGUCAGCAAAUUUAGCUGGAUCUACACCUAUUGAACCCGAGGAGGAAAGAGCCACUGUUAAAGGUGGAUUACGUCGACAAUUUCCUCUUAAAUUAGCUUGGGCGGUUACGGUUCAUAAAGUUCAGGGACUCACUCUUGAAAACGCCGUUGUUAGUUUUAGGAAAAUAUUUGCACCAGGUCAAGCAUAUGUAGCACUUAGCCGUGUAACAAGUCUUUCAGGACUCACAAUUCAGGACUUUGAUGAAAAACGAAUCUAUUGUAAAGAUGACAUUACAGUUGCAGUUAGUAAAAUGACCCCUUUUUUGACUCCAAACUCACAGUUCGACAGAUUUAACUCUUCUGCAUUCACUGUGUUUUUAAUGAAUGUCCAAAGUCUGAAUCGACACGUUAAAGACUUAGCUUUCUGCACACAGCAUUUGCAACCUAAUUGCAUUGCUGUCACAGAAACAUGGGUAUCUACAGACAGAUCAGAUGCAGUAAAGAUUGAUGGCUAUAGUUUUUACAACUGCCCACGAGGUUUAGCUUAUUCUAGUACUCAUGAGUCUUUGAUUGCUUUUCAAGAACAACAACAUGGUGGUGUUGGCUUUUAUACUGCAGAUGGUGUGGCAUUUAAAAUGUUGCAGGCUCCAGACGUCAACUUGGAGAGUUUAGUGUAUAGCUUUGUUAACUUACACAUAGUACUUGGACUCAUUUAUCGACCUCCUCUUUAUCCCCUUUCUUUGCUUAAAGUAAAUUUAACAAAGUUGCUUGAUUGGCUGGAGGUACAAAGUGAGACAUUAGUACUAAUGGGAGAUUUUAAUGAUGACAUUUUAAAAUCAUCAACAAUAUUAAAACUUUUGACUGACAGAGGCUAUGCCCAAAUAGUCAAACAGCCAACAACCGAGAAAGGCACUUUAAUAGAUCAUGUCUAUGUAAAAUCCAACAAGUAUAUAACAGAAGCAUCUGUUAUUCCAACAUAUUUUAGUGAUCAUCAGGGCAUCAUGUGUGCUUUGACACGGCUUUAGUUUACCUCAAAAACAGCUUUGAUUUGAUCAACACCUAACUGCAGAAUUUGUAAUGUAAAGAGGUGUGUGUGUGUGUGUGUGUGUGUGUGUGUGUGUGUGUGUGUGAUCAAUUUUAGCUUUAACAUUUACUAAUAUUUUACCUUUCCUUACAUGAGCUAUCUCUACUGAGAGCAAAAUCAAUUUCGUUGUACACCUAUGCAAUGACAAUAGAACUUGUAUAUAUAUAUCAUACAUAUAGUCUGUCAGAACUUUUCUAUAUGAAAUAUAUUGGAUGUAUUGUUUUUAAGCAGUGUACAUGUUUCGAUGCCGUUGAGAGGUUGUGCACACUCAGGACAACUUCGCUGCCGCGUUCCAUGUGUGAGAGCAGGGGUUGCAGGACAAUGUGCGCACAGGAGUGUAGCAAGAUUUUUAAACUGUGGGUGCUGAAAUUUCUCUGAUGCAUAUAGGUGAGAAGUGUUACAUUCGCAAACUAUUUAGCUGUCAUGAGAGCAACAAAGGGGGUAAUAACGCGCGGAACGUUUUGGUGUCGUGCAUUUGUCAUGGCACUAGAAUUUCGGGAGUGGUGCAGCACCACGCCUAUGUAGGAAAAACCACUAACUGCUGCUGUAUGCUUCACCAUUUCUGUGAUUUCAAUUUUCAUGUCCCCUACUGACCUAGUCAAAAUAACAUUGAGCCAUUUCCCACCUUCUCUCAGCUCUAGAAUGCUCUUUCCCCUUGUCCUCUGCAUUAAUCUCUCACCCACUUUUUAAUCAAAACUAAAAACAUAUCUGUCCAGAUCAGCAAUUAAUACACUAAUUUUAUUGUUGUAAUGUGUGUGAGUGUGUGUGUGUGUGUGUGUGUAUAUUUCAUCUUCUUUGUUGCAAAAUGUGUAGGAUGUAUUGGAAAGCUUUUAAACGUCUUUUUUAACAUCAAAAUUAAAUGUGUUUAAAAGCUUUCUAAAGGUUUCGUUUCCUGCAUUAAGAUGGUAUUUAUUGAAAUUAAACUGAAAACCUUUAGUACAAUUGGCCUCUCAUUCAUCACUACUGAACGAUGUAACAAUUCAACACCAAAUUAUGCAUAAUGUUAAAAAUUAAACUGGUGAAUUUCAUGCUGUUUUAAUGCAGGGUUUGCUUUACCUGGUAAAAUGCACAAAAAAGCAAAGGCAAUGGUCUGGUCUCCCAAUUGUGGGACAGGGUUCAAAUCCCUGUGUUGCCCUGCUAAUUGUGUUGAUCACUGGAAAAAACUAUUAUUAAAAAAGGCAAAAAACAAUAAACUUUAAGUUUAAAAUCUUACUUGCUGCAAUUCACCCUAGAACUAAACACAUUUUGAUUUCAAGGACAACUGAUAAGAUCACACCCAUGGGCAUUUCUAGCGUGCUUUUGUGAGUACUGAAGCACCCCUAAAUUCAUCUCUAGCACCCCUAAAGUUUAACAUUUAUUUAUUUAUUUUUACAAUUUAUGGUGAUUUUUAAACACAUAUCUAAAACAAUUGGACAAAACAUUGUUUUACAAACAAUAAUAUAGCAAAUCUCCCCUGUCUCAAAAAUGGUUUGAUCGUGCUCACCUUUCCAGCCUCUACUCUGAGCCUUCCUGAGUGGCUGACAUGCCAUUAGGAACCACGUUUCUUUCUGUGGGACAGUCCUGAAUUUACAUUAUUUUUCACAGGUCUUUGAAUCUUGCAUAAACUGAUUGUGAGGCGAAAACC